AUGAAGGUGGUGGUUAUGCCGCUCGUCGGAACUCAUAAAUCUGGAGGAAAAAAUCAUAGAUCUGAAGACAAAAACCAUAAAUCUGAAGACGAAAAUCGUAGAUCUGAAGAAGAAAAUCUUAGAUCUGAAGCUGAAAAUCAUAGAUCUAAACCUAAAAAUUGUAGAUCUAAAGUUGAAGUUGUAGAUCUGGAGCCAACCGGAGCCUGUGGAUCUGAUGGUGGUGGUUCACCGGUGGUAGGAGGCGGCGGCGGUUCGCCGACGGGAGGAGACGGCGACACUAUGGAGGUGGUGGCUGGUGGCAACCGAUGA